AUGGCCCGUGGUAACCAGCGCGACAAGGCCCGUGAGGCGAACCUGAAGAAGCAGGCUGCCAUGAAAUCCGGCAACAGCCAAAGCGGCACCGAGCUCCAGCGCUCCCGUGAGAGCGCAGCUGAGAUUAUGCGCCAGAAGCAGGCUGCCGCCGAGGCACGCAAGGUCACUGGCGAGGACAAGCCUGCCAAGGACAAGGGCAAGAAAUAG